AUGUUCGCGCUCUCAUACGAGGCGGGAAGAGGGCGCGGUUAUUCCGUAGGCUACAAACUGGUACUGAUCACCAUUGGGCUCUUCUUCUCCAUCUCUUUACAUCACUCGAUGAAACCAUCAUGGCCACCGCGUGCUUACCUGCUCACUACCUUCGCCGUGACAAUCCGUUUUCGCCGUCUAUGCACCUUCUUCCUCAUGAAAUGUGUUAAUAUGUGUGCCCUCUUUGUGUUUGAAGUUCACCUUUCCUUCUGCGGCAUCACACCGACCUUGCCGGGCCACAUCCUGUGCCGCGCAGUGACCGGCCCGGGGGGGAGGGGGACCAUUGCCGGGAUGGGCGGGGCCUUCACAAUCUACGUCUCAAGGCGCUGGUGUUUCGAUAUCACUCUUCCAUUUGGGUUAUUGAGGCCCGUGGUUAUCUUCUUCAUCUUCCAAAACACCAAGCCUGUCGCACAGAUAGGCCUAAGGGAGAACGUGGUUUGUCUUGAUCCAUUGGGGACGGCCACCUUCCUACCAGCUAUCGUAGCCACCGUUCUACCGCGACUUUACCGCGGCCGCAACAUCCAAAUCUCAGCGCUGUAUGGCGUGGUUCAAGGGGGCCCUGCCAUCGAGCCCGGCAUUCGGAACCUGCCGCUCAUCAUAUCCAACGUUAUAUUGGCUGUCGUUUGCGGCGUACUAGUCAGGAUUGCAGGCUACUUCGGCCCCUUUAUGCUCCUUAGGGCGGCCAUGGCUAGUAUCGGCGCUGGGCUGCUCUCGAUACUGCAUUCAGAUUUAGGGACAGGGCAAUGGAUUGUACACCAGGUGGUUCUGGGAGAGGGCAUCGGCAUUGGCUUCCAGCUGCCUCUCCUUGGCGGGUGCAUCUUCGUUUCCGUUGCGCAAGGUAUCUUUCGCAAACGUAAUUACGUCGUGGUGCACACUUUCCAUCCAACCAUUGGCAUAUAUGCUGCUUCAUUCUUCGCUGCAACUGUCAUUUAG